UAAUCCGGGGUAAUAGUCUGACGUCGGAGCAUCGUUGUAUCAAUGUACUGGAUCUAACGAGCUGCGGCCGGACAGUGGGCGACAUGACGGAGGAAGCGACUAUCCGCCAGCAGAGCUCGGAGAAUAACUCCGUCAGCAGCAGCGAGUGGGACAUGGCAAAUGAUGUGUUUGUGUCCAGCUACGAGGACAGCGCUGCUGCUGAGGACCAGGAUCCGGCGCAGCCCGUCUUGGAAAGACACCUGCCGCUAUUAUCCCAGGGUGGCAUGAUGCUGGGCCUGACCGGGGAGGAAUAUCCGGCCUCAUCUUAUCUGGACAUGGACCCAAACUACACUGAAAGUGAUGGGAACGUCGCAACCCAUAAGCGCAUACGGUCCAACAGCUCCAGGCACCGCGGUGACAUCGUCACGGAGCUGGGGCCAGAGGAGGUCCGCUGGUUUUACAAAGAGGACAAGCGGACGUGGAAGCCAUUCGUCGGGCACGACUCUUUAAAAAUCGAGAUAGUUUAUCGGAGAUUCUGCGAGCAAAACCCAAACAAGGCCAAACGUCCCGUCGAUCCCACCGAGGCCGAGGGGAAGGAGACGUGCAUGUUCAACGAGAUCGAGUCGGAAAGCGGGGCCGGGGACGAUGGAGGUGUCCGGGCGGAGCCGCCGGGGAGCCGGGGAGGAGGGCAGCGGUGCUCGGCGUCAGACGAGGUGAAGGAUCCGGACGACGUCAGCGUGGAGGCAGUGUGUGUCAGAGGGGGGCUCUAUGAAGUGGACAUCAGAGAGAAGGAAUGCUAUCCCGUUUACUGGAACCAGCAAGACCGUAUUCCUGUGAUGAGGGGUCAGUGGUUCAUCGACGGAACAUGGCUUCCCCUGGAGGAAGAUGAGAGUGACCUUAUCGAGUUAGAGCACCUCACUUGUUAUCGGGGGCAGCAGAUGAAGGACACCUAUGAGAUGGAGGAGGAGACCUCCACCGUGGACAGCAAGGAUGGUGAGGACUCUGAAACAGCAAUCCACAGUCUGAAGCUGAGCAGGAGUCAUGUGGACUGGCACAGUGUGGACGAGGUGUACCUGUACAGCGACGCCACCACCUCCAAGAUCGCACGCACCGUCACUCAGAAACUGGGCUUCUCCAAAGCCUCAAGCAGUGGGACACGUCUCCAUCAGGGGUACGUGGAGGAGGCAGCACCUGAGGACACCCCACCUGAAACCACACACAUUGUCUUUGUUGUGCAUGGCAUUGGCCAGAAGAUGGAUCAAGGCCGCAUCAUCAGGAAUACCAGCAUGAUGAGAGAUGCUGCCAGGAAGAUGGAGGAGAAGCACUUUUCUGAUCGAACCACAGAACAUGUAGAGUUCCUUCCUGUGGAGUGGAGGUCGAAACUGGCUUUGGAUGGAGACACGGUGGACUCCAUCACUCCAGACAAAGUGCGAGGUCUAAGAGACAUGCUGAACAGCAGCGCCAUGGACAUCAUGUACUACACCAGCCCUCUGUACAGAGAUGAGAUUAACAGGGGUUUGACUCUGGAGCUGAAUCGGCUCUACUCACUCUUCUGCUCGCGCAAUCCAGACUUUGAGAAAAAUGGGAAAGUUUCCAUAGUGUCACAUUCCCUGGGCUGCGUUAUCACGUUUGACAUCAUGACAGGAUGGGACCCUGUGCGCUUUCAUCAUCAAGAAGCGCCAGACCCAGAGGAAACAAAAGCCCGCUGGCCAAGUGACGAAGAGCGCCACCUUCAGGAGCAGUUGAGACUCACACGCCUCAGGUUGAGGGACUUGGAGGAUCAGUUCCAAGGUCUACAGACCUCAUCUUGUGUUGCAGGGCCAGCCUUGAAAUUCAAGGUAGAAAAUUUCUUCUGCAUGGGUUCCCCUCUGGCGGUUUUCUUAGCAUUACGAGGGAUCCGGCCUGGAAACUAUACUGUACAGGACCACAUCCUCCCGACAUCUAUCUGCAAACGCCUCUUCAACAUAUUCCAUCCCACAGACCCUGUGGCCUACAGAUUGGAACCUCUGAUCUUGAAACGCUACAGUAACAUUAGCCCGCUUCAAAUCCACUGGUACAACACCACCAGUCCUACACCGUACGACCAGAUCAGGCCCACGCUGCUCAACCCCCCAAAGGAGACUGCAUCUGUCUCAGACUCUGAGAGCAUCCCCAGCCCCUGCACCUCUCCGCCCCAGGCCAGAAGGCACUACGGAGAGUCUAUUACCAGCUUGGGCAAGGCAAGCAUCAUGGGUGCUGCAAGUCUUGGGAAAGGAAUAGGAGGAAUCCUCUUUUCCCACUUUUCCCGUUCAAGCAGCCAGGUGGGUGGAGUGGAGGAGGAGCCGUCAGACUGCGAGGGGGGAGCUUCUGAAGUGGAAAACAUUGCAUCAGGAGAGGAAGGAGCCACAGUGGUAGACAGUGAAGAGAAGGACAAACAAGUAGAGGAGGAAAGGAGGGAGGUGGAGCCGACCAUGUCUCAGUCCACCUCAGCUGUAAUGGACAGCACCUCGUUGGAAUUGGAGAGGCGCAUUGAUUUCGAGCUACGGGAGGGCCUGGUGGAGAGCCGCUAUUGGUCAGCAGUGACCUCACAUACAGCCUAUUGGUGCUCUUAUGAUGUGGCUCUUUUCCUUCUUACUUUCAUGUACAGACCACAGGAACCACUUCAAUCUCCAGAAGAUAACCCAGAUGCCUCGUAACAUAGUAGCAGAGUGGCGCAUGGAAUCAUUAACACUCGGGUCAAUUCACUUUCUAUUCAUGCCUCUUGAAGUCUGACUGACUUCAUUCCUCAUUU